UAUUAUACAUCCAUGGCUGGGACACACCAGUCAGAGGGAGGCGGUGGGGAAGAUGUCCUUCUUCAACGCCAUGGCUCAGUCCAUGUGCCCCGUGGACGUCCGCCUGUUCGUCUGCAUGGUGUACGCCCCCAAGUGUUCAGGAGGGGAAGUGCAGCGGCCCUGCAGGUCCUUCUGUGAAAGAGCCAAGCGGGGCUGCGAGGGGACGAUGGCCAGCUUUGGGGUUUCCUGGCCAAACGACCUGCAGUGCAACGCUUUCCCCGAGCAAAUGUGUGUAUCGGAAGACAGCAGGCCAGAUACGCUGGAUGCUGAAGGAGUUCUCGCUAAGCUGAACGCCGGGGGCUACACCGUUCGUGGCAAUACCCUGACUCUCAAGACAGCCCGUCUCCUGUUGACCUUCAUGGACGCAGACCGGUCUGGAGACCUGAAUGUGGUCGAGGUCUUCAAGAUGGAGCACUAUGCGGCUGUUGUCAGGCGGGAAUAUGUGGAGAGCUACGAGAGCAGGAACCCGCCCUCCGUCACUCAAACCCAAAUGAAAAGGGCUUUGUCCGUCCACGAAUUCGACUUGGACGAUGAAACCUUCAUAGUUCUGUGGAACGGGAUCCGCUCCAGAGACGGGAUCGAAUACGACGAGUAUGUGGCCGUCAUGACCAAACUCCUGAUCCUCAGAGAUCGUUUCAAUGCUCAUCAGCUGAGGUUACCGUGUGACUGCCAGGUGGCCAGCUUCUCAUACAAGCAGUUCAUGAAAUCAGCCAUAAUCUGAGGGUCACAUGGAAGCUGAAUGGAUUAAAGCACAGAUGUUAAGAGCUGUCAUUUUAUUUCCUACUUUCACAAAUCUUCGCUCUUCAAGGAGAUAUUAAACACUGAGAAUAAGUUGUUGAGAGUUCAAGAUGUUCUUAUCAAUGUCUGAAGUUUGUGUUUUUGGUUAACAUGUGAAUUCUGUACAAUGACUUCCCACUUACAAUAAAAGGUAAUUGGUUAAAAUAUUCUUUAUUUCUGUUGGUAGUUUAUAUAGAGAAAUCUUAAAAAGUACAAUUAUGAGUGAACAGAAGUGAAAAACAACAAUUCAAAUAAAUCCCAGCAGACCGCAGCAAAGUAGCUAAGCUUUAUAAAAUGAACGUAAUAAGAAUAAUAUUUUUUUCUGUCUUAGGUGUGAUUUACUGCGAUUGGUGAGUUAGAUCUUGUUAUUGUGUGACUGGUGUUUUAAAGGGUUAUUCAGAUUCAAUGAAAUCACACAAAAA